AUGGGUAAUGGGUACAAGAUGUACUACGUAGGACACGACACUAGAAGGAACGGCGUCGGGAUAGUGCUAGACCCUGAGAUGAAGGAAGGUGUGCUGCAGGUUCACAGGGAAUCUGACCUGAGCGAGGUCAUGGUAAAGAUCCCAAGAACUGAGAGAGUCUGGAUUGGGGCAGAUCUGAAUGGACAUGUGGGUGGUGGGAGCGCAAGGAUAUGGAGACAACACGGUAAAUUUGGGUUUGGAACGAGGAACGAAGAAGGGCAGACCAUCCUAGACUUUGUGGCGGCAAACAACCUGGCGGUCACAAACACCUAUUUCAAGAAGAAGGACUCGAGGAAGAUCACCUACACAAGUGGGGGUGUGAACUCCCAGGUGGCCCUAUGUCAUAUGCAGGAGAAGUGA